GAAAACGAAAGAUAAGAAUAAAAUAACAAAGAAAAGAAAACGACUUCGUACGGUUCGUCGGUUCAAAUGUUGUCCCAUUUGGAUUGGAUUGUUUGAUAGUUGAGAAAGUAUCUCCGCCGCAACGCACCGCAAACUCCAUUUUUUCUUCAUCUCUCCGCCGUCAUUCUCUCUCUCUCUUCACUCUCUCAGUCAGAUCUACUUGCCCCUCGUACUUUCUCUCUCUAGGGUUUCUUUUUUCCCCCAAUAUCUUCUACGCUCUUAUGCGUUCUCAAGUUCUGAGAUUUUUCAUCGAUUACUUCUUCCAACGCCGGUUCGAAGAUCGCAGGUUCUGAAGAUUUCGCAUUUUCUUCAAUCGCUCAGAUUUUCGCGCAAUGCAGAGAGUUUUUCGAGCUUCCAAGGGGUUUUUCUUCGUAAUCUCUGUGAUUUUUCCUGUGUAGGAAGUGUUUAUAGAGUGAAUUACGAGUUCGGAGCCUGAGUUCCCUAUGCUUUCUACCGAUUUCAAGCUCGUCUACGAGAAUUUAGUUAGGGUUUUUUUUUCAGACUUUUAGCAUAUGCAAUCUAGUUCCUGAUUUUUGUUUUGUUCUGGGUUUGAGCGAGGAAUAGGAAAAACCUAGGUUUUUCUAACAAUGCAGAGUUUGUCGACCUCGGCGGCUCAGCCGGAGGCCAUAUUCGAAUGGCUUCAGAAGGAAAUGGGGUACAGACCGUUGGGUCCGUACACCGCCGGCUCAAGCAAAACUGCGAUCCCGUCGAUUGACGCGCUUCGCAAGGUUAGCCGCGGCAAUAUGAUACCGAUUUGGAAUUUCCUGAUCACGCGCAUGAAGUCGGAGAAGACGGUGGAGAAUAUCCGGCGGAAUAUAACGGUUCACGGCAGUGACGGCAGUGGAGGCUCAGUGAGUUCGGGGAAAGAGGAGGGAGGAAGGAGCAGAGGAGGUCGGAGGAAGGAGAAGGCGUCGGGGGAGGGUUUGAGUACGGCGGAGUCGAGGGAGACGGCGUUGCUGGAGAGGGAGGCCGCGGCGAAGGAGGUGGAGAGGUUGAGGAACAUUUUGAGGAGACAAAGGAAGGAUUUGAAGGCGAGGAUGUUGGAGGUCUCGAGAGAGGAGGCUGAGCGGAAGAGGAUGCUCGAUGAGCGUGCGAAUUACAGGCACAAGCAGGUGAUGUUAGAGGCUUAUGAUCAGCAAUGUGACGAAGCAGCAAAAAUAUUCGCAGAGUAUCAUAAGCGACUUCGUUUCUAUGUUAGCCAAGCAAGGGAUGCUCAAAGGACAAGUGUUGACUCUUCUGCUGAAGGUGUUACUACCUUUAGUGGAAGCAGUGAAAAGGAAGCUGUCUAUUCGACUGUGAAGGGAAGUAAAUCGGCAGACGAGUUCAUCCUUAUUGAAACCCCCCGGGAAAGAAAUAUAAGGAUGGCGUGUGAGUCUCUGGCCAAGCAUAUGAUUGAAAAAAUUCGCAGUUCAUUCCCUGCUUAUGAAGGAAGUGGUAUUCAUUCAAAUCCUCAAUUAGAAGCAGCCAAAUUGGGAUUUGAUUUUGAUGGGGAAUUACCUGACGAAGUUAGAACUGUAAUUGUAAAUUGCCUGAAGUGUCCUCCUCAAUUGCUUCUGGCAAUCACUGCACAUACAUCAAGGUUGAAGUCUCUAAUCUCCAGAGAAAUCGAGAAAAUUGAUGUCAGGGCUGACGCAGAAACCUUAAGGUACAAGUAUGAGAAUAACCGAGUUAUUGAUGUUUCUUCUCCUGAUGUGAGCUCACCAUUGCACUAUCAACUUUACGGCAAUGGAAAGAUGGGAGUUGAUGUCCCUUCUAAAGGAAGUCAAAAUCAACUUCUUGAAAGACAGAAAGCACAUGUUCAACAAUUUUUGGCUACUGAAGAUGCUCUAAAUAAGGCUGCAGAAGCGAGGAACUUAUCUCAAAAACUUAAAAAACGUUUGCAUGGCAGUGGUGAUGCGGUUUCUUCACAGUCGCUUGGAGUCAGUGGCACGUUACAAAAUGUAGGCAAUCUUAGGCAAUUUGAGUUGGAGGUCUGGGCCAAGGAAAGAGAGGUUGCUGGUUUGAGGGCUAGCUUGAAUACAUUGAUGUCAGAAAUACAACGCUUGAAUAAACUGUGUGCAGAGAGGAAAGAAGCUGAAGAUUCUUUGAGAAAGAAGUGGAAGAAAAUUGAAGAAUUUGAUUCUCGCAGAUCUGAACUUGAAUUCAUAUAUAGUGCUCUUCUAAAAGUUAACACGGAUGCUGCUGCGUUUUGGAAUCAGCAGCCACUAGCUGCAAAAGAGUAUGCAUCGAGCACUAUAAUCCCAGCAUGCACAGUUGUUGUUGAUAUUUCUAACGGUGCAAAAGAUCUUAUUGAGAGGGAAAUUUCAGCUUUUUAUCGAAGUCCUGAUAAUAGUCUCUACAUGCUUCCAGCAACCCCACAGGCACUCUUGGAGGCCAUGGGUGCAAAUGGAUCCACUGGACCUGAAGCUGUUGCUACUGCAGAAAAAAAUGCUGCUAUAUUGACUGCAAAAGCAGGUGCAAGAGAUCCGUCGGCAGUACCAUCGAUAUGUCGUGUUUCUGCUGCUCUUCAAUAUCCUGCUGGUUUGGAAGGUUCAGAUGCUGGUCUAGCAUCGGUUUUGGAAUCCCUAGAGUUCUGUUUGAAACUUCGUGGUUCUGAGGCUAGCGUAUUGGAGGACUUGGCAAAGGCAAUCAACUUGGUACACAUACGGCAGGAUCUUGUUGAAAGUGGUCAUUCAUUGUUGAACCAUGCCUAUCGAGCUCAACAAGAAUAUGAAAGGACAACAAGUUACUGCUUGAAUUUAGCUGCUGGGCAGGAGAAAACUGUCUUGGAAAAAUGGUUGCCCGAGCUCAAGUCUGCAGGUUUAAGUGCACAAAAGUGCUUAGAAGAUUGCAAAUUUGUUAGGGGAUUGCUUGAUGAGUGGUGGGAACAACCAGCAUCAACCGUUGUUGACUGGGUCACUGUUGACGGACUAAAUGUUGCUGCUUGGCAUAAUCAUGUGAAGCAGCUCCUUGCAUUUUAUGAUAAGGAGCUCUAGUGACAUGACUAUCCUGUUCUAUACGGCAAGAUAUUUUUGGAGAUCGACCUUGUUUUCCGUAUUGCUUUGCCACUUUCAUGUUGAUACUUGAUAGACACGGAAAACUGCGGCCUUGUCAGAGGCAGCAAUGCACGGGGUUUGUAUCCAGGAAUGAAAGGGGAAGCAUACAUAGACUAAAGAUGAUUAUCAUUUCGCCAUGAUUGGAGAUGUAGAAGGGGGAUUUGAUUGUAUUAGCCAUAACAGCCUCACCAAGUUUCUCCAUUUCCCAUUUGAAUUUUGUAUAGAAAUUCGUUCAUGGAUGUUUUGUAUCAUAUCCCAUUUUCGACCUCUUGGUUUUGAAUGAUAGUUGGCUUGAUUAAUGCCGUUUAAGAGCAAGUGUGGCAAAACUCUAGCCAUUGCAUCUGUUGUUUGAAUGUGUGAUUGGCUGAUUGAGUAGAAAGGAAAUUGUUGUUUAUCAUAAUUAACAAUA